AUGGACUGGUCGUUCGACGCCCUGAGCUGCUACUACCGCAGCGGCUAUGACCUGUCGCUCCCGCUGGUGCCCGGAAAGGUGUUCCCGGACACGGCCCCGUCCCCUGCCCCCGAUCGAGACUACUUCCUUACUUUCAAGGGGACGCUGUACCUCCGCGGGUACGGCCUGGAGGAAAGGUCCGCCGUGUCCCGCGCCCACGACCCGGCCAACGGGGUGGUGUCGGUGAUCAAGUGCUCGAACAUGCAUGGCGACGACAUCCUGCCGGAGAACCAGGACUACUGCCAGCGAUCUAGGAAGCGGUACGACCUCUACGACUACGAGAAGCUCAUGAACACGACCUUCGCGCUGGUGCCGGCGGGUAGAUCGCCGGGGAGCUUCCGACUUGGAGAGGUUAUGAGCGCCGGCGCGAUUCCGGUGUUCGUCGUGAGGGAUUGGAUCAAGCCGUUCCAGGAGCAGAUCGACUGGCCGUCCUUCUCGUUCGUGUUCAGCCCCGACGACGUGGGGCCCAUCAUGAUGGAAACCUUGCGAGCUGUCGAGCCGGCCCGGCUGUUGGAAAUGCAGGUCGAUAUUGUUGGGGUCGGUUUGUGCGUGGGCGACGCUACCUUUUGUUCGUUCCCCCGCGACUGUAUCAUUCAUGUCCAUUGUUUCUUACGAGCAUAUACGUAUGCAAUAUGAUACGAUGUGUUUCUUUUUUUUUGGAAGCGCGUGUUGUCAUGUUGCCGGUCGAUUGGGGCGGGGGCACAUUUUUUUUUUUUUUUUUUUUAAUACGAAGGUCGUUUCUUUUUUUUUUCCGAUGUGUUGCCGAUGCCGAGAGAAAGAGAUAUGACGCAUUCCUUUGCUUCUUCUUGUCCGCGAAACGAAGCGGCUCUAGCCGCGCGAAUACCGAAAGAAUGCCGUAGCGGGGAUUUGCAUUGUUGUUGUUGCGACCGACACCUGUGAAAAGACGGUGGGCAUAGACAUGUGUUGGUCAAGGGGCAUGCUUGGUCUUGUGAGAUGACUGCCGGGCCCUGCGCUGCCCAAGCAGGAAAAGUGCCAUGUGUGCGAGGUGGCCGGCAGCAGGAGCAGGAGCAGUAGCAGUAGCAGUGCGUGAAGCGAAGCCCUCGCAAGAGGUCCGUGCUUGCCGCAGAAAGGAGACGUAUUGUGUAUGUACUCGCGCCGGUGGUGGGGUCUGUGUGGCGGAGGGGGGCUCGGCCCAAGGAUGCGGUUCUACUAGUUGGGGUUUGUACGAAUGUCGUUGUCUGGAAGAAGAGGGUGUGUUGGGGUUGCGUGUUUGGCUUCGCUGGGGAGCGAGGUGGGGUACAAAAACGAGAAUGGGAAAAUGCCAGAAGACGAAACAGAAACGCCUGUCACCGUUCGGUAUCGCAUUGUCGUUUGUGAGAGGGAGGGAUAUAUGUGUGUGGGCGUGUUACCGUGUGGUAUGCAUAGACCCGGACGGAGUGCAAGAGGGUUAGGGUGCAUGCCACGUACGUGCAUUCCAAUCGAACGAGAAACACGCGUUUGUUUAAUUUUAGUUCUUCCGUUACUUUACUACUUUUAAUAUAUGGACAUGAAGAAAUAAUCGUUUUCCGGAUUCGUGGGGAUGGUUGCAAUGUGCUUUGGGUCCGGAUCGUUGCUGCUGCUCUACUUGUUCCCGUCGUUCCCCUCGGUUCAGAUCGAUGUCGUCUUCAAGAUUCCCGAAGCGGGUAUUGAUUCUCUGUUUGUGUGGAGAGGGAGGUGUUUAUUGUUAUUGUCCUGUUGGCUCCCACUCCAGUGCUGCUGCCGCGAAGGUCAGAUAUUUCGAUUGUUCGUUCUUGCUCCCGUACCAUAUGUAGCCUUUUAGUAGCCCCUUGAAAAGUUAGUAGCCAUGUUUCCCUGCAUGCUGCCCGCUGUCAGAGACAAACGGUGUACUCCUAGGACGGGAAGGGCACCGUGUUCCCCUAGUUGUUGUGUACAAAGUGAAAUUAUGAUGCAGCUGCCUGUUGGCUGUAGCAGGUGUCGCUUUCUUCUUCGUGUUGUGCACCCGUUCGACAAAACUAGGGGCAUGGAUGGGAAGGUUUGAGGUCUAUGGUCCAUGACCUUAAUGUAGAUAAGGUCAUCUACCAUUUGAGGUUUUACGGUACUCUUGUGGAAUGGAAACCCUGUCGAAACCCUGUCCUGCGUGUCGCUAAAAAAAAAAACGCGAAUGGGGAAUGGACAGGGAUUCACAGGUGGAGCUUCGUUGGGUAGGAGAAAGAGGAGGGGGGAGGGAAAGAGAGAGGGAGGGAGAAAGAAAGCAAAGGAGGCUCGAAAGCUC